UGCCCCAAGGGCAAUGUGACAGCCAGCACCCCCAGGGCCGUCCAGCCCGGCACCAGCCUCACCCUGUCCUGCCAGCUGGGACCUGCCUCCUGCUGGGCAGCGAUUUUCCUCAACAGCUCUGAGCAGAUCAGGGAGUGGGGAGGCUCAGUGAGCAGAACCUUUGUGCUCACUGCCUAUGGCAAGCACACCUUCACCUGCAAAACCAUCUGCAACAGGACAAACCUCGUCUGUGGCAUCGAUAUCUGGUGUGGAAAUCCUCCAGACCAGCCCAGGAACGUGUCCUGUAUCCAGUACGGGACACGGGGACACCCCACCUGCACCUGGGACAAAGGGAGGCACACCUACCUCCACACAGUCUAUAGAAUAGAGCUCUCCAAUGGGACUGAUGCCUUUUGCUUUCCAGAAGAAUUUCCCAAUCAGGAGUUUGGCUCUCGGGCUCAGAGCAAGCUGGAUUUUCACUCCAAUUACACCGUGGUGGUUUCUGCCUCCAAUGAAUUAGGAAAUGCCUCUUCCCAGCCACUCACCUUCAUGUUGAUAGACAUAGUGAAGCCACAUCCUCCCGACUUUUUGGUGGAAUUUGAUGAUUCUUCUGCCACCAGCUGCACCAUUUCCUGGCAGGGUGAAGCACAAGCACAGCACUGCAGGCUGAGGUAUCGCCCCCUCAGCAGGCACACCUGGAGCACGGUGGAAAGCUCCAGCAGGGAGAAAUGUCACCUGCGGGGGCUGGAGCCGGACACGGAGUACGAGUUCCAGGCGAGCUGCAGGAUGCUGCCGGGCCGAGGGCUGUGGAGCGACUGGAGCAGGAGCCCGAGCCGCACCCCGGCAGCAGUGCCAACUGGGGUUCUGGAUGUCUGGUACCGGCAGCAGGACCUGGACUCUGGCCACCAGAACCUCUCCCUUUUCUGGAAGGCUCUGAGCAAGGCAGAGGCAGGAGGGCGAACCCUGGGGUACACGGUGACCCUGGAGGGGGGGCUGCCAGCACAGAGCCACCAGACCAGCCAGACCAGCUUCUCCAGGGUCACCCCCCGGCUGGGACACAGGGUGACGGUCACUGCCCGCAGCCCCCGGGGCAGCUCGGCCCCUGCUGCCAUCCUGAGCCAGCUGGGCAGCACAGACCUGCCCCCUCCUGAGCGAGUCUCUGCCGUGGCCCUGGGGAACAGCAGCAUCCUGGUGAGCUGGAGCCCCCCUGCUGGAGCUGCCCUGCCUGUUGGGGGGUACGUGGUGGAGUGGGCAGAGCCACAGCUGCAGCCCUGGCACAGCUGGGUGAAGCUGCCCCCGUCCCACCUGGCCACGGUGAUAGCAGAGCACAUCAGAGACAACAUCUGCUAUCAGAUCAACGUGUCUGCACUUUACCAGCACAGAGCAGGACAGGCAGCAUCAGUCAGGGGGAACUCCACAGCGCAAGCUCCAUCAGCCGGGCCCCAGAUGCUCCCAGCCCCCUGGGGCAGCGGUGUCCUGGUGUCCUGGGAGGAGAUCCCAGCUCCCCAGCAGGGGGGCUGCAUCACUGGCUACCACAUCUACCUGCUCAGGAGGGGCAGGCAGGGCCAGCCCCGGCUCCACGGUGGGUGCCUGGCUGGGGGCUGCCCUGCAUCACUGAACAGCUCCAGGGGUCAUUCUGAGCUACUUUCAGUCUGGAACUAUCAGAUUUAUCCCUGCUUCUUCUCCCUCCUCUUAUUCCACUUCUUGCCUUUCUUCUUCUUCUUCCCUGUUCUUCCUCUCCUCUUCCCCCUCCUCCCCUUCCCACCUUUAUCCAGAGCCCAUUCCAGCUGCAGGCACUCAAUCCCGCGCCAGGCUCUCCAUUUCCAUCCCUGUUUCCCUGCAGCCGUUCCUGCCGGGGACGCUCCUCGCUCCCUGCACAUCCCUGACCUGCAGCCGGGGGAGCACCACGACCUUUGGAUGACAGCGGCGACAGCGGCCGGGGAGGGGCCCCGGGGCAACAACGCCAGCGUCUGCCUGGAGAGUGCUGAGGGCUGGGUGACUCUGGUGCUCAUCUGCAGCUUCUUCAUCCUCUCAGCCUGCGUUUGUUCUGUGUCUCCAGCAAGGAAAGUAUUCCUGUCCCUCCUCUUGCCACAGUGGCAGAGUAAAGCCAUUCCCGACCCUGCCAACGCCACGUGGGCCAAGAGCUUAGCAGCUACCAAGGCGGAGCUGAGCGCUCCCUCCAGCCCCUUCCUGCCCUCCGAAGAGCCCGAAACGAGCCCGGUGGAGGAAACUUCGGGGGACCCUGAGCCCCCCAGCCCCGGGGACAUCCCCGGGGACAAGGCGGAGGUGGGCAGCGCCGGCAGCUGGGCGCAGGAGGAGCAGCAGCCGGCAGGGCUGUACCAGAGGCUGCUGCUGGAGGCGAUGGAGCCGGCGGGCGAGUACAUCUCCAACGCGGGCAACUCGCCCCUGCCCCCCGGCCCCGAGCCCGAGCCCAGCCCCCUCGCCUUCCUGAGCCCUGCGCUCUGCUGCCCGGGGAAUCUCACCUUGGACAGGGUCAAACUGAGCAGCAGCUCCUCCCCCGGGUAG